AUGUCAACACUUGUUACCCCAAGUCUUCCUCCCUGUACAACAACAACAACCACUGCUACCUGUUCUUCAUCACGUUUUGUCAAUAACGAUACGACACUCUCAUCCAUUCAUUCAUCUCUGUUGAUGAGUCCUAACAAUAACAUUCAUACAAAUUGUACGACUAGUAGUACUACUCAUCAACAACAACAACAACAACAACCAUUCAAGAUACAAACAACAACUCCAUCUUCGUCGCAUCAACAUUUUCGUUCCUUUUCAACUCCUAUUACUUCUAACAUGCCACUACAAAACACAAAUGCCACCACCACCGCAACAACAACAACGAGUGCAUUUAUCAUGAAUGGAGUUGGUCAUUCAUCCAUUGCUGUUGUUGGUGCUGGAGUGAAUGGAGGAAAUGUGAACUCGCCGACGUCUUCGAAUCCAUAUCAAUUUCACAUUAGUGGUUCCUCAUCGAAUAAUCUUCAAGUUGUGAAUUCUCUCAAUAACAACCCUAUCAAUGGUACCAAUAACAAUAAUAACAAUGGUAUUAAUUUAAGUGGAUUGUUAUUGAAAAAUCGAUGGAAAAUUCAGGGUUUGUUGGGACAAGGUAGUUUUGGAUCGAUUUAUUCAGCGCAUGAUUUGGUGACUUCGGACGAGGUGGCUGUCAAGGUUGAAAAGGUUCAAUUAACGAAAAAUAGCUUGUCACCAUCAACGUCAAAUGCCAAUGGUGUGCCACCUUCUCCGCCCAUUCCACAAACUUCUUCACUCAAAGUCGAAGUAUGUGCACUGAAAAAUCUUCAAUCAUGCCGAUAUGUUGUCACAUAUAUUCACAGCGGUAGACAAUAUGUAAAUUAUGGAACUGAGACAAUAGCUCUGAAUUUUCUAGUGAUGGAACGAUUGGGAGAAAAUCUUGCAGAAUUGAGAAGAAAAACCUCGAGUGGAGUUUUUUCAAUUGCAACCACAAUGCGAUGUGGAGUUCAAAUGAUUGAAUGUGUCGAAGAGGUCCAUAAAGUUGGAUUUCUUCACCGUGACAUCAAACCAGCCAAUUUUGUAACCGGAAAAUCAAAGAAUGCUCAAGGAAGAAUUUAUCUCAUUGAUUUUGGUCUUGCUCGAGCUUAUAAACAUGAAGAUGGAAAUCUGAAACCACCACGAAAAGAUGUUGGAUUUAGAGGAACACCUCGCUAUGCAAGUGUGAAUGCACACAAUGGAAUUGAGUUGAGUCGACGAGAUGAUUUGUGGUCGGUAUUUUAUGUGAUGGUUGAAAUGGUUGGAGGCAAUUUACCAUGGAGGAGAAUUCGUGACAAGCCAACCAUUGGAAAACUGAAAGAAACUCACACGUUUCAAAACACUGAAGAAUUACUUCGUGGCUUACCUCCACAAUUUACCACCAUGUUAAAUUAUCUCAAAAAACUUUCCUUUGAAUCAGAACCUGACUAUGACUAUUUGAAGAAUAUUUGUAAAUCCUAUUUCGCUCCUCACAAAGAUUCCUUCGAUUCUAGAUCCUAUGACGAAUGUCAAUUUGAAUGGAUUUCCAAAUCGAAUGAUCUCACUCAUGACAGUAGUAGUAAUCUAUCUCAGGAAUUAAUUAUUACAACCAAUCCAGAUCGUACCGAUUCAAGAUCAAGAACUACCAAAUUAUCGACCUCUGUCUUUUUUGGAUCGACUCAUCUCAGUGCGAAUAGUAAUAUUGGAAAUCAAGCAGCGGCGAUUGGAAAUUGUGGUGAAUUUUCAAAAUCACUUCCUGACAUGUAUAAAAAGAAAGGUCAUGAAGAUCAUGAAAUGAAUGAAGAGGCCGUUGCUCCUGGAAAGAAGAGACAAAAGAAAAAGAGGAAGAAUAGAAACGAACAAGAUCAAGCACACAAUAAUUCGAAUCAACAGUUAGGAUUACGACCUGAGAAACAACCUCACUGUAAAUGCACGAUCAUGUAA